GUGAUCCAACAAUCACUCUCUCUCUCCAUUUACUUCUAAUUUAUUAUUGUAUUCAUUUAUUCAUUCAACUUACAAGAUAAAAUAUAUUUAAAUCCUCACCUCACCCUUUAUUAGUCUUUCAGACACAUUGAAGAAACAAGAAAACCAGUUCUGUCUGUCUUCUCAUAAUAAUCACUCAUAGCAACAAGCAAUGAAAACAAAUGUCUCCCAUUCCAAAGCAGUGUUCAGGUGAUUUUCAAAAGCAAACUACUUUCACUUCCUCUUCAAAAAUGACACUCUUUUACUCUCAUAAAAUGGCUUCAAAGUAGCUUUCAUCUCUAAACUUAUUAUCCCAAGAUCAUAAAAUAAGAUCUUCACUGCUAAAUCAUGAAACAAAGCAUAGAUCUUGAAGUGGAAGCUUAUGCAGAAUAUGAAUCUGAAGUUACAAGCCAAGUUGGUUCCAAUGUAUCAACUCAAGAAGCCUCUUCCAACAACAUCACAAACCCUAACUACAAUAAUAUAUCUCUUGACUUAACUCUCAAAUUCAACAACAAUGAGAUACUAACAACAACUAGAGACUCAAAUUCAAUAGGAUUCUCACUCUCAAGCACUUCUGAGAGCAGCAAUGAACCUGCAUCAGCAACUGUUCCAAGAGUUUUCUCUUGCAAUUACUGUCAGAGAAAGUUUUUCAGCUCACAAGCUCUUGGUGGACACCAAAAUGCACACAAAAGAGAGAGAACAAUAGCGAAAAGAGCUAUGAGAAUGGGAAUUUUCUCUGAUAGGUAUAAUGCUAGUUUAGCAUCUCUACCUUUGCAUGGUUCUUUUAGGUCAUUAGGGAUAAAAACACACUCCUCAAUGCACUAUGGUUUUUCAGUACCAACAACAAUUAGGCCUCAUAAUCAUCACGAGACGAAAAUCAAUACGAGAUUCGAACAAGGGUGCGUUGGAUUUCCGAUAUUCUUGGAAGAUGAGGAGUCGGAGUUGUUGUGGCCGGGUAGUUUUCGAAAGGCGUCGGAGACGGCUGAUGGAGAACAGAAUUUCAUACUCACUGAGGUGAAUCCAUGUGUGGACAUAGAAAAAUCUACACCAGAUUUGACAUUGAAACUUUGAAGGAGGCUAAUUUGGAAAAGUUGGAUUUGAAUUUAGUUUUAUGUAUAGUAAAAUAUGUAUGAAAAUUUGUUAUGAUUGCUAGAUUGAUUACUACUACUACUACUAAACUUGUUGGUUUUUGUUUUUACUUUCAUCUUUAGUUUUCUAUUAGGUGUUUUUGCUUUGGUAUAUUGUUAUGUGUUUCUCAUUGUAUAAUAGCUAUAUAAGAGUUCUUAUCAACCUUACAAAUAUUUCAUCAUCAAUCAAUGAUCC